GCUGGCUGCCCCUCGUGCAAAAGCAUCGGCUCAGCCACCGGCCAGAAUUGUGAUUUCACAGCUUUGAUGACAGUGUCAGCAGAGAGGAUUCUGUGCAUCACAUCAGGGAAAGAGCCCCAGAGCCUGGGAUAGGGAGGGAGCAGCUGGGGGGAAGGCAAUGGGACCGGCUUUAUUCUGGAACACGUUUGCAUUGCUGCUUUGGUUUCUGUGCUCAGCACCAGGAGCUGAAUGUGUUUUGUCCAUCCUUGAACAGCCAGCACCGCUGUGAGCAGCCCCAGACCCCUCCAAGCAACUGAAGCCGUGAGCAGUAGCUGCAGAUGCCCCCACCUCUGGAGCGUGAGCCUGUGGAAAAGGAGGCACCUCAGGAAGACCAUCAGGCAGUGCCAGUCCCUGGGGAAAACACCGGGGCCGUUCAGCCAACAGGAGUGUCAGGUCCAGAGUAUCAAGACGGAAAGGGACAAUCUUCCCAGGACACAUCCAAAGUGCUACAUGAAAUCCUUGGACAGCUGAAGACGAUAGCACGAGGUGUGAACAGCCUCAGCCUCAACAGCGCCGUGGAUGGCAGAAGAUUCACCAGCACUGUGGUGGGCAGGGCAGACCCAAACCUUGUGGAUGGCAGGACAGACCCAAUUGCUGUGGUGGGCAGGGCAGAUCCAAAUGCUGUUGAUGGCGGGACAGACCCAAACACUGUGGAUGGCAGGACAGAUCCAAACGCUGUGGUGGGCAGGGCAGACCCAAACUCUGUGGGUGCUGAUACCUUCCAGACGUACUGCAUAGAAGGCAUCGUGGCUGUCCUGGGCUCAAUUCUGCUGGGGAUGGCAUUGUAUUGUGUAUUCCACUUGUGGAGGAAGAGGAGAAAGCGCCUCGCAGCUUCGAGAGCCGGCUCUGAGCGCCCCAACAGCCGGGCAGAAGCCAGCAGAAUAUUUGCAGGAGCGUUUAAAUAAAGAUCAGCAACACAAUCGA